CUACUACCACCCUUCGUUACAUACUGGCCUACCUCCGCCAACGACACCCGUAUAUAUACAUCACAUCACAUCACACCCAACAACCACACCACCCCUACCCGCUUCCAACAACCAUCAUCCCGUCGUUUCGUCUCAUAUCUGCCCGCCCCAGUCCACCGCGCCGCCGCACACCUUGGACUCCGCUGGCGAGCUGCCGCACCGCCCACCACCAUGAAGGCCGCUCCGCUGCUGGUCUCCUGGCACAACGAUAAUCAGCCCAUCUACUCGGCACAUUUCGAGCCUCAUGGCAAAGGCCGAUUGGCUACAGCCGGUGGUGAUAACAAUGUUCGGCUCUGGCAAGUCGACUCCAACGCAGAGGAGCGCAAAAUCACCUAUCUCGCUUCCCUCAAGAAGCACUCACAGGCCGUCAAUGUCGUACGAUGGUCGCCUCGAGGCGAAAUACUGGCCUCGGCCGGCGACGAUGGCAACAUCCUCCUCUGGAUUCCCUCGGAGAAUCAAUCGGCUCAGACCAGCUAUGGAGAAGAGGCCGACGAUAGCAAGGAAAAUUGGCGGGUGAAGCGUUCGUGCGGAUCUAGCAUGGGCUCGGAAAUCUACGACCUGGCCUGGUCUCCGGACGGCGUCUUCUUCAUUACUGGCAGUAUGGACAACAUUGCCAGAAUCUACAACGCCCAAACAGGAGCAUGCGUGCGCCAAAUCGCCGAACAUCACCACUACGUGCAAGGUGUAGCCUGGGAUCCACUCAACGAGUAUGUUGCUACUCAGUCCUCGGAUCGAUCGGUGCACAUCUACAACCUCAAAACAAAGGACGGCCAGUUUUCGCUCUCGCAGCAUAGCAAAGUGACCAAGAUGGAUCUUCCUGCCCGUCGCGUCUCCUCCAACAGUCCAGCUCCGCCCGAUUUUGGCGGUCGGGCGUCUUUUGUUUCGCACGAUUCAACCUUUGCCGCUGCCUCUCCAGGGCCUUCUGCGCCUGGCACUCCCCAGUCGUUGGCACUUCCCAUGAACCCUCCCCCGACGUCGCACAGCCGCAGGUCUUCGUUUGGUUCGUCACCAUCAAUGCGUCGUUCUGCCUCGCCGGCGCCCUCGAUGCCUCUGCCUGCUGUCAUGCCUAAUUCCCCCAGUGCCAGCAGCAUCGGCACCAUUGGCGUUCGGAACGCCGCUCUCUAUGCUAAUGAGACUCUUACUUCUUUCUUCCGCCGCUUGUCUUUUGCUUCAGACGGAAGCCUGCUAUUUACGCCCUCUGGCCAAUACAAGACGGUCCAUCCGGCUAUCAGCGAGAUUCGACCUACCGAGGAAAUCAUCAAUACCGUGUAUAUUUAUACUCGGGCCGGCCUGAACAAACCCCCGGUUGCUUACCUGCCAGGCCACAAGAAGCCGUCUGUAGCGGUGCGCUGCUCGCCAGUAUAUUAUACUCUACGCCAAGCUGUUCCUCAGACGCAGCAGAUCACCAUCGAUACCUCUUCGGUUGACGACGACGAGCUGUGCGCACUGCCCGAGCCUGCUUUGCCUUCCAAAGCCCCCACCUCGCAUGCCUCCAUGGAACCGCCUCCGCUGGCCAGUGCAGCAUCGCCGUCGCCGAGUCUGACAUCUGCGUCGCCUAUGCCAGCCGAGAGUGAACCCACUUCGUCAUCCAAUCCGCCACCAGGCCCCGUUUCGGCGUUUGCUUUGCCUUAUCGAAUGGUUUACGCCGUAGCAACCCAGGACGCAAUUCACGUCUACGAUACACAACAGCAGAAGCCUUUGUGCAUAGUCAGCAAUCUGCACUUUGCUACGUUUACAGAUCUCACGUGGUCAAAUGAUGGAAACACUCUUAUCAUGAGCUCAUCAGAUGGUUUCUGCUCGUGCUUGACAUUUGCCAACGGCGAGCUGGGAGAGAAAUACACGGGCCCUCUGGCAAGUCAAGCGCGACAUCACCACUCGACGCCGUCCAUCAACACUGCCAAUUCGCAAUCAUCAAACCACUCGACGCCCAUCCAGACCCCGACUGCUUCCUCGGGCUCUGCUGCAGUGGCUGCUGCUGCUGCUGCCGCCGCUCCCCCAAGGCAACCUUCGGCAGGAUUUCCGGCCUCACCGAGCUCGUUUGUUCCGGCAAGGCCUGGUAGCCCCACUAGAAGCAACUCGGUCUCGAGUAUUGCUACAGCAUCGUCGUUUGCCCCUGGAACAGGAGACUCGACCAACAUGAACGCGCCCACGCCAUCGAUGGCCUCGGUUCCGGGGAUAGCAGCGGCAAAUUCGGGGCCUGUAGGGGCCAUGCCUAUGUGGACACCCCCACUUACUCCAGCUCAGGGUCAUGGCACACACAGCGCAAGCAGCUCGGUAAGCGGAGUUCCAGGAGCCAGCGCAAGUCUGCGAAGGGAGAGCGAGUCUGAACGGGAAGACGUUGGCGCGACGUCGAGGAAGAGGGAACUCGAUGCAGUCCCAGAAGUAGAGGAGAGCAAGGGAAGCAAAAAGAGGAGGAUAGCUCCUACGCCGGUCCUGAUGGAUUCGGUCGAGGAAAAAGCGAUUGCCAGCACGGAAGAGAACACGCCCAUCCAUACACCCCAGCAGUCGUAG